AUUUAUGAAAAUGAGUUACUCUAUUUGGCAAAGCAGGUUUUUCAUGUUUGGUAAAGUAAUAUAAUUGGAUAGAUUUGCCAGGAUUUUUUUCUCUCUUUCCUCUCUUUCCCCUUCAAAGAGCAUAUGUAUAUGCUGUAUACUAAUGUAGUAUCAGACUUCACCAUCUACUGCUUUAAAAACAGUAAAAACAGUGUGCUUACAUUAGGCUCUGAACCUGAUUUCUGUUUGUACUGAAGCUAGUUUAGAGGCUUCUGCCAUGUAAGAAAUAGAGUGAUCGUAAACUUCUAAUAUACAUCAUUUUUCUGAAGUGGAAAAUAAAAGAAUCGGCUACCAUGAGCUUAGGUUUUCAAGUAUGAGAAAAAGACUCUUACAGUGACCUUGACACUGUCCAGAUGGGUAUGUGGAAGAGACAAUAAGUACUGGAAGAGACAAUAAGUACAUAUGUAAGUCAUGAGAAUGGAAACACAAGUUCUGAAGAGGUAGCAUGAGGUGUUCCUUUUCAUUCAUUUCAGACAUCUUAUUUCCCAAGAGUCUUUAAUAUAUCUAUGGGUUACUAGUGCUACAAGUCACUGUAGUGUUUUAUGAGUGACCUUAGCUCUGUGUUUUAUUCUUUCUCCUCUAGGCAGGCAGGAGAGAAUACAAUGAAGUCACACAUUUUGGCUGCCUAAUGCCCAAUUCUGCAAGCCUUUACUUGCAUGAGUGUUUCCAUUGAUUGCAAUAGGACCGCUCAUGUAUGUAGGACUUCUUGUAGACAUGUUGCUGUGACCACGAGUUUAUGCAUUUGAGCUUGUUUACCUUGAUCACCAGAACAAACUCCACAAGAGAUGGAGAAAUUGCCACAGGAAGACACUGAGCCAUGGUAUUUUCAGCAAGUGUAUGCAAGAUACUGGAAGCAUUAUGAUCUAGCCAUGUGCUGGAUGCACAAACACCAGAAAGCUUACAGGAAAGCCAUGGAGUCCUUCUAUGACUUACUGUGGCAUCCUUCUGCAGCCUCUCCAACUAGCCGUUACUCAGAUUGGGAUGGAAAUGACAUACCACAUACCCGCAACUGUUUUUCCAGCUACAGCCCAUGUGGCAAAGCUAAAUACCAUGGUGGAGCUCAGCAGUACAGGAGUGCCCAACCGCGGAGGGAGGAUGCUGACAGGGACUCGGAAAUGGAGGAGGGCUCUGAGUCCGAAGAGGAGAUAGAAUAUGACUUGAGUAACAUGGAGAUCACAGAAGAACUUCGACAGUUUUUUGCACAGACAGAGAGGCACCGGGAAGAACUGCGGAAACAGCAGCAGCUGGAAGCUGAGCACCAAGAAGUUUAUGUGGAGGCUGAUCAUGACCUUCACAUGAAGACAGGGCGUUCUGUACAGCCACCUGCAGAAAGACCUGGGGAGAGGCGAAUGGUAGAAAUGAAGAAACUCUAUGGUGCUGCAGCUGCCAAAAUCCAAGCAAUGGAGACUGCUAUGCAGCUUACCUUUGAUAGGAACUGUGACAAAAAGCAGCCCAAAUACUGGCCUGUUAUUCCCCUCAAGCUGUGAGUAUCUGGACUGUGCUCUGACCUGGCACAGAGCUGUAGUGAUGUGUGCCUCAGUCAGUUUGUGCAGCUGAAAGAACAAACUGCAAUUUUUGCUUUUGGUUGGGUUUUCUUUUUUUUUUUUCCUUUUUUUCUGAGGGGAGGGGAUAGGAGAAAGGAGGAGGAGGAAUGGUUCUUUGCCCUGUGUUCUUUUUGUACUAUCUGUCAGUGAUAGCCCCAGUCCAUUCUACAUGCAUAUACUUGUUAAGUUAUAAAAGGAGGGACAGUAAUAUUUUACCCAUCUAAAGCCAUAGUUUCUCUCGUUUGAUGCCAGCCUGCCUUGACCAUUCUUGCAAGAAAUGCAGCACUAUUCGUUUAUGCUCAGUAAAAUUUACACUGGGACAACUUGAUGCCAAAAACCCCCAAUAUGAAUUGCCUGCUUUUCCCUUUUAGGAAAGUGAGUAUUCCCAAUAUUUUAGUAUUAAAUUUAGUAUAGUAGUAUUUGAAUUGCAUUUAACACAGCACAGCUUGAAGUGUUAUGUCUGCUAAUCUUUGAUUUUGGGGAACCAGGAGCCCACUGGCCUAGAUACAACAUACCAAAUUACUAUAGCCUAGCCAUUUGAAUUCUUUUUCAAAGGUUUGUAGUAAGUCAGGAAGUUUUUCUUCCAGACUGAUACUUAGCUGGCAGAAAUUCAGCCCUAAAGCAAAAUUAUAUACAAAAAUGUUUUAACGAAAGGGAACAAAAAAAAAGACUGACAUGGCACCCUCUGUUAGAAGUUUGUUUAGCAAAAGAGACCCUUGAGAUGAAAAAGCACUACUGGGGCCAAUGCCAACAGUGAUUUUUGCCAUUUUAAUAAAAAGCAUCUAAUUGGUUUGAUGCUUUGAGGAAAAAGAACAACUAGUCUGAGAGCCUAAGGGUACAUCUGUACACUGUAUGUGCAGGUUGGAAGCUAUGUAGCUGUGACAGCUACGUUCCUUUCAGGUGCAGCUUCCCAGUGACAGCCUUUGUGUUGUAUGCACACAGCUUAAACGUAGGCAAAUUAGCUGUGCCUCUGUGUGUGCUCAUCCAUCUGGACAGGCUGUUUGGCUCCAGUUCUGUCACCCUUUACUUUUGGGCAUUUGUGAUUGCCCCACUAGUAGCUGGUGUGGUGAAGUGAGGUACAAGUGAUCUGUUUAAGAGAAGCAGAAUUAGCCCCUUAAUAUUGGUGACUCCUUAGAAAAUGGUACCCUGAACACUCCAACACUACUUCUAAAAGCUUUCUGCCAAGCAUGGCUGCUACUACAGCAUUGUGUGCUGAAGAUCUCUAGUUUGUGUUAUGCAGCAUUUCCACACCAAGGCAGAGGAAAAAUAUACUGUUUUAAUUCUCAUAAACAUUCAUGUAUCCUUUUGGGGACAGAGGAAGUUGCUACUGAAAUUCUUCCUGUGAUUCAUGCCCAUUGGAUCUCCUAUAUCUCUCUAGCACAUGUAGUUUGUAACACACAGCUGUAGUUACUAUGCCCUCUGCAGCAGCCAGUUGCACCAAAGCAAAUCUGAAGUGCAGUUUGGAAUCUCCUUGUUCUUACUAGUGUUACCCUGUUUUAAAAAGCACCAUUUUUAUUUCAGUUCCUCCUUCAUUUUAGUGUGAUGAGAUGGAGUUGAAUUGAACACUGAAAUUAAAAGCCCCCAGCCUCUAAGACUUGUUACUGGUGUGACUGAUCUGAAAAACUCAUGUGUGGGAAGAGAGGGAAAAGGGUUGUGGGUGGAUAGUCCUGCAUUUGUCUUCACUCUUGUUUUUGGGGGGGUUGUCAGAAAUUUAGUGUUUUGUUUGGGUUUCUCUUUGUUGACCAAAUAAAUUCUCUUUGUAACAUA